GGGAAGGAGUUGAGGCGCCAGGAGCAGGGUGUGGGGAGGUUGGGCGGGUGGGUGGGGAGAAACCCCAGAGGCAGAGGAGGACGCGCACUAGCCAGGGCGAGAGCGCGCGGAGAACUGAGUCGAGGUCUCCCGUAGGGGCUGCCUCACUUGCACCGGCCCUGCGCCUCCCUCAGUUCCCUCCCCCUUUCCCUCCCUUUCUCCUCUUCCUCCUCCUCCUCCUCCUGCUGCUGUUGCUGCUGCUGUAGUUGCUGUUGCUGCUGCUGCUGGUACUGCUGCUGCUCCUGCUGCUACCUGAUCUCACUAGCACAAAUCUAUCAAGCUUCGUUCUGCAUCGCACACACCUUUACUUCCCCGGGCAGUAGGGGAAAACGCACCCUAACAGAUUCAGGAUGUUGAAAAUAUUCUUCCUGACCAUUUUGACUCUUGCUCUUGUAAGGGCACAGGAGACUGAGGAGACCAUCACAUAUACGAGGAGGGUCGGGACUGCCUCACUUCCGCAAUGCACAGAUGGAUAUGAAUGGGAUCCUGUAAGGCAGCAAUGCAAAGAUAUUGAUGAAUGCGAAAUUGUCCCAGAUGCCUGCAAAGGAGGGAUGAAAUGUGUAAACCACUUUGGUGGGUACCUUUGCUUACCUAGAACAGCUCAAAUUAUUGUCAGUAAUGAGCCAUCACAACCUGAAAGAGCCCCCGAAACAUCUGCAAGUCGAAAUAAUUUUGUCAUUCGAAGGACCCCAGCUGACCCACAGCGUGUUACUUCUCAAUCUCCUCAUCAGAUUCAGUGUGUGGCAGGUUAUGAACCAAGUGAGCAGAAUGUGUGCCAAGACAUUGAUGAAUGCACAGCAGGAACUCAUAACUGUAGGGCAGACCAAGUCUGUAUCAAUUUAAGAGGAUCUUUCAGCUGCCAAUGUCACCCUGGUUAUCAGAAGAGAGGAGAUCAGUGUGUCGACAUAGAUGAAUGCAGCAUCCCUCCCUAUUGCCAGCAAAGAUGUGUGAAUACACCGGGUUCCUUUUAUUGCCAGUGCAGUGCUGGGUUUCAGUUGGCAGCAAACAACUACACCUGUGUAGAUAUCAAUGAAUGUGAUGCCAGCAAUCAGUGUGCUCAGCAAUGCUACAAUAUACUUGGUUCAUUCAUCUGUCAGUGUAACCAGGGAUAUGAGCUAAGCAGUGACAGACUCAACUGUGAAGAUAUUGAUGAAUGCAGAACUUCAAGCUACCUUUGUCAAUAUCAAUGCGUUAAUGAACCUGGAAAAUUCUCUUGUGUGUGCCCUGAGGGAUACCAGGUCAUUGGCAGUAGAACCUGUCAAGAUAUAAAUGAGUGUGAGACAGCAAAUGAAUGCCGGGAAGAAGAAAUGUGUUGGAAUUACCAUGGUGGAUUCCGCUGUUAUCCACGAAACCCUUGCUCAGAUCCCUACAUCCUAACAUCAGAAAAUCGUUGUGUCUGCCCUGUGUCAAAUGCAGUAUGCCGAGAGCUUCCUCAAUCUAUAGUCUAUAAGUAUAUGAGUAUCCGAUCAGAUAGGUCUGUGCCAUCAGAUAUCUUUCAAAUCCAGGCCACUACUAUUUAUGCCAACACUAUUAAUACUUUCAGGAUUAAAUCUGGAAAUGAGAAUGGAGAAUUCUACUUACGACAAACCAGUGCCAUAAGCGCAAUGCUCGUGUUAGUGAAGUCACUAUCUGGACCAAGAGAAUAUAUUGUAGAUCUCGAGAUGUUGACAGUCAACAGCCUAGGAACCUUCCGGACCAGUUCAUUGUUAAGAUUAACAAUAAUAGUAGGACCAUACUCUUUUUAGUCAUUCAUCAAAAACCACCAUAGGCACUUAAAUCAGCCAAAGAAUAUUGUUAUCUUAAAGCACUUAAUAUUUUAUUUAUAGACAUAUCUAGUAAGCCUGCAUCUGUAAUCCAUACACUCACCUAUAAUUCAAAAAAUUUAGCACCCUGUUUAUAAAUGGGCAUUGUCACAUAUUGUCAAGAUUCAAAGUUUGCCUUUAUUACUAUACCUGAAUUAGACAUUCAUCCAUUAAACUGGUCUAAUUCAAGAGAGUUAUGUAUUCACUAUCCUGUGAAAUUUAAAGGUUUAUUUGUUUUUGUUUUGUUGUCACAAUAGAACAAAUAAAAGAUAAUCCAUAGUAAACAUAAUGGUUUAAGAAAUAAUUUUAAUAUAGCUCCACUGACAAUCACAUAAAGGAAGUAAAGAUUUAAUAUUAAGAAACAUACAAGUGAAAAUUAUCUAAAUGUUUAAAUGUAUUUCUUUUUUAACUGCCUUGUAUGAAAGAGAAAAGGUCAAUAAAAAUCUAUUUCUUUAGAAAAUGAGGACCUAUCUUAUAUUUGCGUUAUUUUUUAAUUUCUGGCAAUGGAGAUGGUUAUUUAUUACAUGGCAGAGGAGAAAUUGUAUUGAGCUUUGAUUACAAUACAAUGAUGCUGAUUUCCAAUGGUCAUCCUAUCUUCUUUAAAAAUGGGCAGUGAUUAUCCAUUCUUUCAUUCAAUUCAUCCAACAAACAUUUCUUAAACACUUACUUUGUUCCAGGUACUAUAAAAUUUAUCCAACAGUGCAUGAAACUUUUAAUAGAAAAUUAUAGUGUUGAAAAGCAUUUUCAUUGUUCUUUGUCUUUAUUAAAAAAUUAUGACUAUUUCUAGCCUUAUGACACACCUGUCUUAAUAAGAAUCUCAAGGAACAGGAGAGCUUCUUCUGACAGCAGGAUGCCAUGUGGCAUCAAACUAAAUGACCACCAUUUUUCAGAAUUCUUUUCGUAAAGGUGUUUGCUUUCCUGGAUAGAAUAUAAAUUCCAAAAGUUUUCUAUCUUAUAAACUUAGCUUUUAAUUACUAUAUAACAUGCACCAAAAAAAGAACAAGAAUGACCUGAUGUACAAGGCUUAAAUUUUUAUUCUUUUCCAGAUAAGGGAGGGACUGGGAAUUGACAUUCAAGUGAACAUCAAAUUGCUUUUCCAUUUAUAUCUGUGAAGAAGCUUUAGUGUCCUCUUAGUUUCAAAUGUAAUAAUUUUUACCUUGUUGUACAAAUAUUUUUAUAAAAAUAAAUGUAACUCUCAUAAGUGGA